AUGUCAUCUGCAAAAGGCGAUACGAAAAAUGUGAACAUCCCACGUCACAGAACUGAGUCGACUGCAUCGACCGAUUCGGAUGUGACUGGAACAAGCGUUCCAGAGAGACGUUUCUCGCUGAGCAAGAUGCUAGGAAGACGAACAUCGGUUGAGGAUGCCUACAAGAAGUAUGCUCAGUUCACGACCAAUGGAGGUUGA